AUCCUUGAACUGAUAUACAAUCUCACCUUACUUUUAAACAAAACCCUUGUUAUUCCCGGCUUAACGGCUUCUUCAUUUGCUACUGGCCGCCGCACUCUCCGCUGCUCUCAGUUUCUCUCUCCAUCGCCACAAUCAGACAUGAACCAUAAACACGCCAAUGCAAUAGCCACCGCGCCGGAAAAGGUGCUUGUCGAAAUUGUGAAGUUGAUUCAAAGGCAAGAAAGAAAAGGUACUAAGGGAGGCUGGAAGGAGUUCCUAAAGGAUCAUGAUUCGAAGUUCGGGUCUAGUAUAAGUGACCCAGCGAAGAGGUCCCGUAAGACUUUGAUUUCGUUUCUACACACCUUUACUGAGAAGGAUGACUUGAAGUUUGUGGAUUCUGUUCUUCGGUUGCAUGCGAAUCGUGAGGUAUUAGAGCAAAUAAGAAAAGAAACUCCAGAUAAUGAAUCACCUGAACAGAGGCUAGUCAGUUUAACUGUUGAACACCCAUUUUAUCUUUCAAAGUAUGCGUUUCCAUCAUAUGAUAAGCAGGACUGGAUAAUAACAAAGCUCCCUGAAAAAUCCAAGUUGAUGAGCUCGAAUGCAAUCAUUGCUAUUGACUGUGAGAUGGUUCUUUGUGAAGAUGGUACUGAUGCUUUAGUGAGAGUGUGUGUUGUGGAUCACCAUUUACAGGUCAAACUUGAUGAAAAAGUAAACCCUUGCAAACCAGUUGCAGAUUAUAGAACUGAGAUUACUGGAGUUACUGCUAGAGAUUUGGAUGGAGUGUCUUGUUCAUUAGCAGACAUACAAAAAUCCAUGAAGAAACUCCUACAGAAAGGAACUAUUUUAGUGGGCCACGGUUUAUAUAAUGACCUGCAGGCACUGAUGGUAGACCAUCAGAGAGUGAUUGACACGUCAUUUAUCUUCAGACGUUCAGAUGGACGUCUUCCUUCUUUAGACACCUUGUGCAAGUCUGUGCUAGGUUAUGAACUUCGCAAAGAAGGUGCUCCACACAAUUGUGUAGAUGAUGCCUGUGCAGCAAUGAAACUCAUUCUUGCCAAGGUCGAACUCGGAGUUAAUACUGACAUUCCAUUGAAUCAUGAGGAUGUGUUGGAAGGUGAAAUGGCAAAGCUACUUCUCCAUAAUAUACCAAUUAAUGUCCCCAUCAAAGAAUUACAUGGAGUUUUUCCUCAGAAGUUUAUAAUUGAGUCCAAGCCGCCUAAGAAAGCUCAUGGAGUGAAAUAUUCUGCACUUGCAAUAUUUAAAAAUUCACAAAAGGCAUGCCAGGCAUUUGAAAACUUGAAUGGGAGACUAGAAAAGGACAAAAAUGGACUGCAACAGAAAAUGAUUACAUUUAAACUCAACACAGGAGCAACUGCUAGUAUAUUUGUUCGUAAAAUGACUCAUGAUAAUUCUCCUCAUCAAGGUUCGCUCAAAAAGAGAGUUUUUCAAGGUGAGGAAUUAAUUGAAUCCAAGAAACUGAAGACUGAUGAUUGUGAUGAUCAUGUGAAAGAGAUUGAAAGAUUAAAGGGAGAACUUAGAGAAAAGGAUUUAAAUAAGUGCGAUAACCACUUGAAAGAGAUUGAAAGACUAAAGCAGGAUCUGAGCGCAAAGGAUUUUCAAAUCUCUGCACAGGAUAAGAUCAUAAGUAAGCUCAAGAAAGAGCUGAAAGAAAUGAAAAAGAAGAGAAAAGGACACUAAUUUUGGUCUUGUAUUUUUAUUUUUGAUACAUUUGGAGUAAUGUAUUCUCAUUUUAAUGAGAUUUAUGUAGCGAUUUGAGGCAGCUUAAUACAGUGGUUUCAUCCAGUAUUCUUUAAUA